UGCGCGAAAUCCCCAAUUGACGAAAGUCUAGGCUAGAACUAGUAGUCGGUGGUUGUUGUUGCGGGGAGACCGAUAACUGGGACCAAUUCACGCUGACUGACAGUCAGUUGUCUAUAAAAGAAGGCCAUGUACCUGCUACUUUCUUCUCUAUUGACAACGACCUCACUCUUCUAGACCUAAUAUCCAUAUAAGCUUAUAAUACUUACGACUCUUACCACCCUACUACAUCGAGAAAUACUCUUCAUCUCCAACCCUAUCUCAACAGCCAAAAUGCAAUUCACUCUGCUCCUCUCCGCUCUGAUGGCAAUGGUCAUCUCAACCCUGGCCCUCCCCACUGGCGACACUCGUCUCGCUCAACUUCGCCUAUUCGGCGAACCUGGCUGCUACGAUGAAAACAUGGGCGAACUAGGCAUUUACCGAUCGGCUCUCAACCAAUGCAAAACCUUCCCUGGCAACCAAACCAUCGAGUCUGUCAGCUUCGAAUACAAUGUCGCCGGCUGUGGUGUGCAAAUCUUUACCGAAGACAACUGCUCCGCCGGCCAGCGCAAUGUCACCCUGGGACAAUGCCUCCAAGGCGACGCCGAAUACGUCAGCUACAAGUUGAUGUGCAACUAGGGGCAUGAUUUCAUGAUAAUUUCUACGAUAAUGUCGAUGCAAUCUGAGUGGACGGUGGACAAUGAAUGCUGGAAUAAUGUAUAGAGG